CUCUCUGGUGUUGUCGUACUGUCGAGUUGAACGCUGCCCUAAGACCAUUUGUGUAGAUACGUACAGUACAGAUACUGUAGGCUCCAUGGAGGCUUAAGGACCGGACACCACGAAAUUCCACGCCGACGCCCGCCAGAAAAACCGGAUUCAUUUUUGAUUCGCCGGGUCGAAAACGAAAGAGAAAGAGGCUCCGGCCGGCAGGGAAGAAAGCGCUUCUCGUCAUGGCGCAGUCGAAGUUAACCAGCGAGCUGCAGUGCCCCGUGUGUCUGGGGCUGUUCGCAGACCCGGUCACGCUGCCCUGCGGGCACAACGUCUGCCGGGGCUGCCUGGAGAGUUACCUGGCCACCGCCAGAGAGACGCACCUGUGCCCGGAGUGCAGAGCCCCGAUCCCCCGCCGGGACUUCAGGACCAACUGGGCGCUGAGGAACAUGGCCGACAGGGCGAGGCAGGAGGAAGAGAAGCGAGACCGCGAGCCGCCGCGGUGUCCGGAGCACGGGGAGAAACUCAGGCUGUUCUGCGAGACGGACGGGACGUUGAUCUGCUUGGUCUGCCGGGACAGCAGGAGCCACCGGGGACACGGGUUCAAGCCCGUGCAGGAGGCGGCGCAGGAGUUCCGGGAGUCUUUACUGGCGGCUCAGAAGGCAGUGAAGGAGGACGUCUUCUCCGAGCACGCCUGGCAUCCCCCGAGCCCUGGAGGAAACUGGCGCAGAGCCCACGUCAUUCCGGCUCUGGAAUGUCUGGAAUGUGACUGGGCGAGUCCGAGGGGCAGCACGGCUUCGGGUGCGAAGGAGCCGGCCGUAGACGGAGAACGACACCUGAACCGGGCGCCGCUGUUCACAGUCAUCGCUGACGACCGCGUCGGAAUGGUGGGAUUUUCCCCGAAUGAACAGUGA